AUGGAUAUUCCCCCUAGGACAAUGACAACUAUGGUUGGUUCCAUAAAAAGGCAAGCCUCAGAUAGCCCUAAUAGGACGGCUAAAUAUUUAGCAGUUACACAACCAUCACCAAGAAAAGUGGAUCGUAAUAUACUUAAGACUAUUAUUCCUAAAGUAGAGUAUAUAGAAAGUGAGUCAGGAGAAGUUAAAAGGACUAUUCCACAAUCAAGGUAUUUAGAAGAAAGUGUAAAUCUUAGAAAUAAUGAUACAAAUUUUCAAAGUUCAAACAUUGAACCAUCAAAGAUUAAAAUAGCUCCACCAUGCGGCAAUGCACGUGUGGAUAAUUCAUUGUUAAGACUAACGCAAAAGUUUUUAGAACUACGAAAUUCAAGAUCAGGUAAUGAUGUAUUAAAUUUAAAUGAGGCUGCAGAACAGCUUGGUGUACAAAAAAGAAGAUUAUAUGAUAUAACAAAUGUUCUUGAAGGCAUAGAUAUGAUAGAAAAAACUGGAAAAAAUAGUAUUCGAUGGAAAAAUAAAAGUGAUAAUGAUGCAUAUGAGAUGGAAGAAAAUAAAUUAAAAGGUCAGAUAAAAAAACUUGAAGCUUUUGAGCGUGAAAUGGAUGAAACUAUUGAUUCACUUCAAUCGUAUUUGAAAAUCCUACAACAUGAUCCACUUUCGUUAAGAUACUUAUAUACAAGGGCACAAGAUUUACACAAAAGUUCUUCGAUAUCAGAUUCAACAGCAAUAAUAUUUAAAGCACCAAGACAGACACAUUCAACACUACUUGUUGGAGAUCCUGUAGUAUUUGGAAAGUUCGAAUUAACGGUACGUAAUGAUGAUGGAUAUCCUAUUGAUGCAGUAAUGUUACCAAAUAAUACAAAUAUAGUUAAACAUGGUUUAUUAUUAGAUGAUGGACUAUGUAACAAAAAUAAGAAUAUUAACCUAGAAUCUCAAGGUUCAACAUUGACAUCGUCGGGUAAAAUAUCAGCAUCAUCUCCUUAUAUACUUAGUAGCAAUUCACCGUUUCAAGCUUCAUUUGAAGGGCAUAUUAGUAAUUCACAACAAUCAAGUACUUCACAAGAUUUCAAUCAUUUUCUUUCGCCAGGUAAUUCAACAUUUGCUCAAGAUGAUUCGCUUAGUGGUCUGGAUACAGAUACGUUAUUAACUUCGAACCCUUUUCAACCAAUGGAUUUCGCUCAGUAUUUAUCACCUUUAAAAGAAAGUAACUUCCAAAAUGAUUUUAGUGAUGAGUUAUUUUUGCAUCAACCAUACAGUAACCAUAAUUUGGCAAAUGAAAAUAAUAUAAUAAAUAAGCAAAAUAAUUUCUUUGUACAUAUAGAUCCACUAGAGGAACAAGAAAGGUAUCCAGAAAAUGCCAGGGACGCAGGAACAUUAUUUAAUGUUUUUUCAAAUGAUUUUUAA